AUGGACCAAGUCGACAUGAAUAUCCUUCGCGGAUGGCUAAAUCUCUGCGAAAGCCAGCAUGGAAGAUAUUGCGCGUCGGGCUUCCUCGAAACCGUUACUGCCAAGAUAGAUUUCAUAGUUGUUGACGUCCAACAGAAAAAGCUUGUCAACGCAGGUAACUCCUGCAGAUACCUUGCGCUCAGCUAUGCCUGGGGCAAUAUGCCGCAGCUUCAGCUGACACUGGGAACAAGAGAAGAGCUGUUUGUACCGGGAGCACUGCAAAAACGCUGGGAACAAAUACCCCAGGUUAUUCGAGAUGCCAUGCACGUUGUUACUGCCAUUGGAGAAAAGUACCUUUGGGUUGAUGCCCUUUGCAUUGUGCAGGAUGACCCAAUCCAUAAGCACAGGCAGAUCUGCGAGAUGGGAACGAUUUACGGCGGCGCUCUAGCCACUAUCGUGGCUGCUGCGAGCAGUAGUGCUGCAGAAGGCCUAUGUGGCGUACAUCCGGGUACCAGGCAGGUGACUGACUAUGCCGUAUCUUCCGGCAUCUACGUGGCCAAAAGAGAGCCUUUCAAAGAUUCUGUUUUGAAGUCGACGCACAAUACCCGUGCCUGGACUUACCAGGAGCGACUACUGUCUAAGAGAUGCAUGUAUUUCUCGCGGCAACAGGUGUUUUUCCAAUGCAAACAAACAGUAUGGUCAGAGGAUCGUUGGGAAGAUGCAUGGGCAUGCCACACGAUUUCGUACAACGAAUUUGCUUCUAUUCAGCAUGGGUUUGGGAAACUCACGCUCUUGAAUUACUCCAUGUCAAGGGAUUGUCGUCAUUCUGAAAUCUUUGACGAUUGUUACGCUUUGCUUGUGCAAGAAUAUUCUAUGAAGAAUUUGAGCUACGACUCCGAUAUCUUGAAUGGAUUUGCAGGACUAUGCUCGUUCUUUUUGCAUCGUUGGAGACUCAAAUUCAUUUGUGGUUCUCCGCUGGAAAGCAGCCUGUUCGCUUCGGCUUUAUUGUGGUACCAUCCGCACAUGGGCAUUCGCAGGCGCAACUAUGACGACGAUUCGAACCUUUUCCCGUCUUGGUCUUGGAGUGGAUGGAUAGGCGGCAUCAUUUACCUACCGUACAUCUCAGUUGUUCUCCAUGGGCCCGUAAUUCUGCGCGGAUCUGAAGACUUCGUGUGUAUCAUGCCUCCAGGUACCACUACGCAGGUGGGGGGUUCGUUGACGUCGAAUUGCGAGGCUUACCCGACACUUCCCAUUCGCGACCAGGCUUGGUUGGACAAGGAAGUCUUCUCUGGCAAAUUGAACGUGCUUCGUUUCUGGAGCUUCACUACACCACUACAAUCCUUUUGCUACGAAAAGGCGAAACCUUGCCCAGCAAGUCCUUCACUAAGUUCAGUAUCAGGAGAAGGUACCAAUUAUCGGGCAUUUGUUGUGACGAAAGAUGGUUGGAUAUGUGGUGGGCUUCUCGGAUUUGAUGCCGACACGUUGGAGAAUGCCAAAUCUGAGUGGGAAUUCGUCCUGCUCUCUGCGUCGACCCUAGGUUGUCGCCCAGACCACGACCAAAUUGUGACGUGCCCCUGCAUUUGUCCAACGUUUUGCCACAUGCACAACCCAAGAAAACAUGCCAUGGGCGAUGAUACAGAACCAAUGAAAGGAGGAAACAACGGCGACAACGGCGACAACGGCGAGGAGAGCGUAAAGAACGUGACCGAAAGCCAAAGAGAAGGAAAAGAGGGAGAGCCGGGAUGUAUGCGAAAUGUCCUCGUCCUACGAUGGGAGGGAAAAUAUGCACACCGAGUUGGUAUUGGUGUUAUCCACAAUGUGGCAUGGGUUGCAGCAGAACCAGAGAUGAAGUUUAUUCGGCUUUCCUGA